AUAGUGAUAUACACGAGGGUUGAGUGAAUCAAACAAAUUGAGAGAAAACACGUGAGGGAGUGCUUGUGAGGUUAUAUUUGAAUCUUUAUGCAGGUUACUAACAUGGACCCAAAAGACAAGGGAGUUCGAGAAGAGGGGAGUAGUGACAAUUCAUUUGUGAUCCAAGCAAUGCAACAACACUUUGAACGCUUCAAUGUUAUGUUUGGAGAAUUGACUGACAGAAUAGAAAGAAUAGAAAAGCAAGAAGUUGGCCCAACUGAUGUGAGAAGAAGACCAGCUCGUGAAAGUGCUAACUUGGGGAGACAAAGUCAUCUUGAUGGAUAUGAGGAUGAUGAAGAAGAUGACCUAAACUUUGAUGAUCAAUCUACUUUGCCUAGAUUCGGCCACAGAUUUGGAAGAAGAAAUGUGAGGAGGCCGAGAACUCUAGAUCGAGAUGGAGAUGAUGAGCAAGAAUUUGAGGAUCAAGCCACAAACAGAUUGGGCAAUGAACGGGCUAACAGAUUUGGUGGGAGGAAUCCAGUAAGAAGGGAUACCUAUGAUCGUGACUUGGGGAGCAUUAAAAUGAAUAUUCCUUCAUUUCAAGGAAAGAAUGAUCCGGAAGCCUAUUUGGAGUGGGAAAAGAAAGUGGAACUUGUGUUUGACUGUCAUAACUACUCUGAAGUCAAAAAGGUAAAACUUGCUGCUGUUGAAUUUACUGAUUAUGCUAUAAUUUGGUGGGAUCAAGUUGUUUUGAAUAGGAGAAGAAACCGUGAACAGCCUGUGGACACUUGGGAACAAAUGAAGUCAAUCAUGAGAAAGAGGUUUAUUCCAAGUCAUUACUAUCGAGACUUGUUCCAGCGGCUACAAGGCCUCAUUCAAGGUGCCCGAAGUGUGGAGGAUUACCACAAGGAAAUGGAGGUUGCCAUGAUUCGAGCCAAUGUGGAGGAAGAUAGGGAGGCAACCAUGGCUAGGUUUUUACAAGGGCUAAAUAGAGACAUUGCCAAUGUGAUAGAGCUACAACAUUAUGUUGAGCUAGAGGAUAUGUUACACAUGGCCAUGAAAGUUGAGAGGCAACUCAAAAGAAAAGGUGUUGUACGGGUGGGACAGAUUUCGGGUUCAUCCUCAACUUGGAAACCAAAUUGGAGCAAAAGGGAGGAAAAGGCAGAUCUUAAAACCAAAUUCGAGCCUAAGUCUUACAAGGGCAAGGAAGUGGGUCCUAGCAAGGAGAAAGGUACUUUUGAGCCUCAAUCUAAUAGAAAUCGAGAUAUAAAAUGUUUUAAGUGUUUAGGCAAGGGACAUAUUGCAUCUCAAUGUCCAAACAAGAGGACAAUGGUUUUAAGGAGCAAUGGAGAGGUUGAAACUGAAAGUGAGACAGAGGCUGAAUCUUUACCACUAAUGGAUGAGAGUGAUGGAGAAGAGCAUCCCGUGAAUGGAGUUGUUUUGGUGACAAGGAGAGCUUUAAACUUGCAGGCAAGAGAAGAGAAUGAGGUGCAACGUGACAACAUUUUUCACACAAGGUGCCACAUCAAAGAAAGAGUGUGUAGAAUGAUUAUUGAUGGAGGAAGCUGCACCAAUGUAGCUAGCACGGAAUUGGUGGAGAAGUUGAAUUUACCAACUCAAACACAUCCCCGACCAUACAAGCUACAAUGGCUGAAUGAUUGUGGUGAGAUUAAGGUAAAUAAACAAGUGCUAGUUUCAUUUUCCAUUGGAAGGUACUGUGACAAGGUUCUUUGUGAUGUUGUGCCAAUGCAAGCUGGUCAUAUCCUAUUGGGGAGGCCAUGGCAGUUUGAUAGGCAGGAGUUUGAUGACGUCUUUCCCAAUGAUAUUCCAAGUGGUUUGCCACCUUUGAGGGGAAUAGAGCAUCAAAUAGAUUUCAUCCCAGGAGCAUCAAUUCCUAACCGACCAGCUUACAGGAGCAAUCCCGAGGAAACGAAGGAGCUCCAAAGGCAAGUUGAGGAACUUUUAGCAAAGGGAUAUGUAAGAGAGAGUAUGAGUCCAUGUGCGGUUCCGGUCUUACUUGUGCCUAAAAAGGAUGGGACAUGGAGGAUGUGCGUGGAUUGAUAUGUUGUAAGUGAUAAAGGGGUUGAGGUAGAUGGGGAGAAAGUUAAAGCAAUCAAAGAAUGGCCUACACCUAAAUCUAUCACCGAAGUGCGAAGUUUCCAUGGCCUAGCAAGUUUCUAUAGAAGAUUUGUUAGGGAUUUUAGUACUUUAGCCGCACCCUUGACUGAGGUUAUUAAAAAGAGUGUGGGUUUUAAGUGGGGAAGUGAGCAAGAAAGAGCUUUUAAUUUGAUCAAAGAGAAAUUAAGUUCUGCACCAAUACUUGCCUUACCCAAUUUUUCUAAAACCUUUGAGGUUGAGUGUGAUGCUUCGGGUAUUGGCAUUGGAGCUGUCUUAAUGCAGGAGCGGCACCCCAUUGCAUUUUUCAGUGAGAAGCUAAAUGGAGCAGCCCUUAACUACCCUACAUAUGAUAAGGAGCUGUAUGCCUUGGUUCGGACCUUGGAGACAUGGCAGCACUAUUUAUGGCCGAAGGAGUUUGUCAUACACACUGAUCAUGAAUCCUUGAAGCACUUGAAAGGACAAGGGAAGCUGAACAAACGACAUGCAAAAUGGUUAGAAUUCAUUGAGACCUUUCCUUAUGUGAUCAAAUAUAAACAAGGAAAAGAAAAUGUGGUUGCAGAUGCAUUAUCUCGCAGGCAUGAGGGGUAUUUAUUUAGAGAGAACAGAAUGUGUGUGCCUAUAAGUUCUUUGAGAGAAUUACUUGUGCGGGAGGCUCAUGGGGGUGGCCUAAUGGGACAUUUUGGAGUGAGAAAAACAUUAGAUGUAUUAACUGAGCAUUUCUUUUGGCCACAUAUGCGACGGGAUGUUGAGAGGGUUUGUGGAAAGUGUAUCACUUGUAAACAAGCCAAAUCAAGAGUUUCACCCCAUGGUCUAUAUACUCCUUUACCUAUUCCGAGCGAACCUUGGGUUGACCUUUCUAUGGAUUUUGUAUUGGGUUUACCUAGGUCUAAGAGGGGAAAAGAUUCUGUUUUUGUUGUUGUUGAUAGGUUCUCCAAGAUGGCACAUUUCAUUCCAUGCCAUAAAUCAAAUGAUGCUAACAACAUUGCAGAUUUGUUCUUUAAAGAGAUUGUUCGUUUGCAUGGCAUGCCAAAGACUAUAGUCUCAGAUCGAGAUGCUAAAUUCUUAAGCUACUUUUGGAAGACAUUGUGGGGUAAGUUGGGAACAAAACUUUUAUUUUCUACUACUUGCCACCCACAAACGGAUGGACAAACUGAAGUAGUGAAUCGUACUUUGUCUACUCUAUUGCGUGCCAUCAUUCAAAAGAAUUUGAAGAAUUGGGAAGAAUGCUUACCACAUGUGGAAUUUGCAUAUAAUCGUAGUGUCCAUUCUGCCACUAACCAUUCCCCAUUUGAGGUAGUUUAUGGUUUUAAUCCGCUAACUCCAUUGGAUUUAUUACCUUUACCACUUGUUGAGUGCGAUUGGGUUUGGGUACAUAUGCGCAAAGAGAGAUUCCCAGCUCAAAGGCGUUCUAAGUUGCAUCCUAGGGGUGAUGGACCAUUUCAAGUGAUUACUAGGAUCAAUGACAAUGCUUACAAGUUGGACCUACCUGGUGAGUAUAAUAUUAGUGCUACCUUUAAUGUUUCUGACUUAACUCCUUUUGAUGUAGGUGAUGAUUCGUGGACGAAUCCUCUUGAGGAGAGGGGGACUGAUGAGAUCAAUGGAGCUGUAAAAGAUGCCAAAGAUCCUUUAAGCCUACAAGGAGGUCCAAUCACAAGAGCAAAGGCAAAGAAAAUGAGAGAGACACUCAACGGGCUAAUUGAAGACAUUCGAGCCAAACAAGGCUUUACUGAUGCAUCCACCAAUUGGAAGACAACAAGUGGAAGUCAAGCCUAUGUCCAUUUAAUCAGCAUUUAG